AUGCCUGUACUUGGGGUUGCCUCAAAACUAAGGCAGCCAGCUGUUGGGUCAAAGCCUGUUCACACUGCUCUUCUGAUACCAAGUCUUGGCACCACGGGGUCACAGCGCUCUUCUUCGAGACCUCUGGAACUUACUGAAUUAGAGAGCUCCAUGCUUUCUUGUCAGCUCACCUUCAGAUCAAACUGUGAAUUUGAAGAGAAGAAACUCCUCCAAGGAAAAGCUAAGGAGACAGAAGACAGCAAGAUUUACACAGACUGGGCCAACCACUACCUAGCAAAAUCGGGCCACAAACGGCUGAUCAAGGAUUUGCAGCAAGACAUUGCAGAUGGAGUCCUGCUAGCAGAAAUCAUCCAGAUCAUUGCAAAUGAAAAAGUUGAAGAUAUCAAUGGAUGUCCUAGGAGUCAAUCUCAGAUGAUUGAAAAUGUUGAUGUCUGCCUUAGUUUUCUAGCAGCCAGAGGAGUAAAUGUUCAAGGUCUAUCUGCUGAAGAAAUAAGAAAUGGAAACUUAAAAGCCAUUCUAGGGCUGUUUUUCAGUUUGUCUCGCUACAAGCAGCAGCAGCACCACCAGCAGCAGUAUUAUCAAUCCUUGGUGGAGCUUCAACAACGCGUCACCCACGCCUCCCCUCAAGCAGAAGCCAGCCAGGCCAAAACCCAGCAAGAUAUGCAGUCCAGUCUGGCAGCCAGAUAUGCAACUCAGUCUAAUCACAGUGGAAUUGCAACCAGUCAAAAAAAGCCUACUAGGCUUCCAGGUCCCUCUAGGGUGCCAGCUGCAGGCAACAGCAGCAAGGUCCAGGGAGCCUCCAAUUUAAAUAGGAGAAGUCAGAGCUUUAACAGCAUUGAUAAAAACAAGCCUCCAAAUUAUGCAAAUGGAAAUGAAAAAGAUUCCUCCAAAGGACCUCAACCAUCUUCAGGGGUAAAUGGUAACAUGCAGCCUCCUGGAACUGCGGGGCAGCAGCCCCCUGCCUCAGCCAUCCCUUCCCCGAGCACCAGCAAGCCAUGGCGCAGCAAGUCCAUGAAUGCCAAGCACAGUGCCACCUCCACCAUGCUCACCGUGAAGCAGGCGAGCCCAGCCACCUCUCCCACACCGUCUGCAGACAGACUGAAGCCCCCUGCCUCAGAAGGGGUCAAAACAGCUCCCUCAGGACAGAAAUCCAUGCUUGAGAAAUUCAAGCUGGUCAAUGCCCGGACUGCUUUACGCCCCCCGCAGUCGGCCAGUUCAGGACCCAGUGAUGGUGUGAAGGAAGAUGAUGCCUUUUCUGAAUCUGGUGAAAUGGAAGGUUUGAACAGUGGUCUCAAUAGCGGUGGCUCAACAAACAGCAGCCCCAAAGUGUCACCAAAAUUAGCCCCUCCAAAAGCUGGAAGCAAAAAUCUCAGCAAUAAAAAGUCUUUGCUACAGCCAAAGGAAAAAGAGGAAAAGAACAGGGACAAAAGUAAAGUUUGUACUGAAAAGCUGGUCAAGGACGAGAAAGAUCAGAUGAUGGAUAUGGCUCCAAAAAAGACCUCUAAAAUUGCAAGCUUAAUUCCAAAGGGUAGCAAGACGACAGCAGCCAAGAAGGAAAGCUUAAUCCCCUCUUCCAGUGGAAUUCCUAAGCCGGGCUCAAAGGUGCCAACAGCAAAGCAGACUGUUUCACCUGGCAACUCAGCAAGCAAAGAGUCUGAAAAAUUCAGGACUACCAAGGGAAGCCCUUCCCAGUCCUUCCCUAAGCCCAUAACCACUGAGAAAGCAAGCACAUCCAGUUGCCCUGCUCCCUUGGAAGGAAGGGAAACCAGCCAUGCUUCUCUGGCGGGUUCCUCUGUUGGUUUAGUGGUGCAAGGCAGUGGGCAGAGCAUGGGAAAUGGUGCUGUCCAACUCCCUCAGCAGCAGCAACACAGCCACCCAAAUACCGCCACUGUGGCUCCAUUCAUCUAUAGAGCUCAUCCAGAAAAUGAAGGGACCUCUUUACCAUCUGCCGACUCCUGCACCAGCCCUACUAAGAUGGAUUUAUCAUACAAUAAGACGGCUAAGCAGUGCCUAGAGGAGAUAUCUGGUGAAGACCCUGAAACAAGAAGAAUGAGAACAGUUAAAAACAUAGCAGAUUUGAGGCAGAAUUUAGAAGAGACGAUGUCUAGUCUUCGUGGGACCCAGAUAAGCCACAGCACCCUGGAGACAACAUUUGACAGCACUGUAACAACGGAAGUGAACGGCAGGACCAUACCCAACUUGACAGGUCGACCCACCCCCAUGACCUGGAGGUUGGGCCAGGCAUGCCCUCGACUUCAAGCUGGAGAUGCUCCGUCCCUGGGUGCCGGCUACCCUCGCAGCGGUGCUGGGAGACUCAUCCACACAGACCCCUCCAGGUUCAUGUACACUACACCUCUCCGUCGAGCUGCUGUCUCUCGACUGGGAAACAUGUCACAGAUUGACAUGAGUGAGAAAGCAAGCAGUGACCUGGACAUGUCUGCUGAAGUCGACGUUGGUGGAUAUAUGAGCGAUGGUGAUAUCCUCGGGAAAAGUCUCAGAACUGAUGACAUCAACAGUGGCUACAUGACAGAUGGAGGGCUCAACCUGUACACGAGGAGUCUGCACCGAGCCCCAGACACAGCAGCGUCCAGGGACGUCAUUCAGAGAGGGCUUCACGACGUGGCCGUGGAUGCAGACAGCUGGGAUGACAGCAGUUCCGUGAGCAGUGGUCUCAGCGACACCCUGGAUAACAUCAGCACUGAUGACCUGAAUACCACAUCCUCUGUCAGCUCUUACUCCAACAUCACUGUUCCAUCCCGAAAGAACACUCAGCUGAAGACAGAUUCAGAGAAACGAUCUGCAACAGAUGAGCCUUGGGAGAGCACCGAGGAGCUGAAAAAACCCGAGGAGGACUUUGACAGCCAUGGGGAUGGGGGUGGCAAGUGGAAGGGCGUUUCCUCUGGUCUUCCUGAAGACCCUGAGAAGACGGGGCAGAAAGCCUCCCUGGCUGUUUCUCAGACAGGGUCCUGGAGAAGAGGCAUGUCAGCCCAAGGAGGAGCACCAUCCAGGCAGAAAACUGGGACCAGUGCACUCAAGACACCUGGGAAAACUGAUGAUGCCAAAGCUUCUGAGAAAGGAAAAAGUCCCCUGAAAGGAUCAUCUCUGCAGAGAUCUCCAUCAGAUGCAGGAAAGAGCAGUGGAGAUGAGGGGAAAAAGCCCCCCUCGGGCAUUGGAAGAUCAACGGCCACUGGCUCUUUUGGAUUUAAGAAGCCAAGUGGAGUCGGGUCCUCUGCCAUGAUCACUAGCAGCGGGGCCACCAUAACAAGCGGCUCAGCCACACUGGGCAAAAUCCCCAAAUCUGCUGCCAUUGGUGGGAAGUCAAACGCAGGGAGGAAAACCAGCUUGGAUGGGUCACAGAAUCAGGACGACGCUGGGCUGCAUGUUAGCACCAAAACCUCCCUGCAGUACCGCAGCUUGCCCCGCCCGUCCAAAUCCAGCGCCAGUGGCAUUCCCAGCCGAGGCGGCCACAGAUCCAGCACCAGCAGUAUCGAUUCCAAUGUCAGCAGCAAGUCAGCUGGUGCCACCACCUCGAAACUGAGAGAACCCACGAAGAUCGGCUCAGGGCGCUCGAGUCCCGUCACCGUCAACCAGACAGACAAGGAGAAAGAAAAGGUUGCAGUCUCAGAUUCAGAGAGCGUUUCUUUGUCAGGUUCCCCCAAAUCCAGCCCCACGUCUGCUAGUGCCUGUGGGACACAAGGGCUCAGGCAGCCAGGGUCCAAGUACCCUGACAUUGCCUCACCAACAUUUCGAAGGUUGUUUGGUGCCAAGGCAGGUGGCAAACCUGCCUCCGCACCUAAUACUGAGGGUGUGAAAUCCUCCUCUGUAAUGCCCAGUCCCAGUACCACACUAGCGCGGCAAGGCAGUCUGGAGUCGCCGUCGUCUGGUACGGGCAGCCUGGGCAGUGCUGGUGGGCUCAGUGGCAGCAGCAGCCCUCUCUUCAAUAAACCCUCAGACCUCACUGCAGACGUUAUAAGCUUAAGCCACUCGUUGGCGUCCAGCCCAGCAUCGGUUCACUCUUUCACAUCAGGUGGUCUCGUGUGGGCUGCCAAUCUGAGCAGUUCCUCUGCUGGCAGCAAGGACACUCCGAGUUACCAGUCCAUGACUAGCCUCCACACGAGCUCUGAGUCCAUUGACCUCCCCCUCAGCCACCAUGGCUCCCUGUCUGGACUGACCACAGGCACUCACGAGGUGCAGAGCCUGCUCAUGAGAACUGGUAGUGUGAGAUCUACUCUCUCAGAAAGCAUGCAGCUUGACAGAAAUACACUACCCAAAAAGGGACUAAGAUACACCCCAUCGUCUCGGCAGGCCAACCAAGAGGAAGGCAAAGAGUGGUUACGCUCCCAUUCUACUGGAGGGCUGCAGGAUACCGGCAACCAGUCACCCCUGGUGUCCCCUUCUGCCAUGUCAUCUUCUGCAACAGGAAAAUAUCACUUUUCCAACUUGGUGAGCCCAACCAACCUUUCUCAGUUUAACCUUCCUGGGCCCAGCAUGAUGCGCUCAAACAGCAUCCCAGCCCAAGACUCGUCCUUCGAUCUCUAUGACGACUCCCAGCUUUGUGGGAGCGCCACGUCUCUGGAGGAGAGGCCACGGGCCAUCAGUCAUUCAGGCUCAUUCAGGGACAGCAUGGAAGAAGUUCAUGGCUCUUCAUUGUCAUUGGUCUCCAGCACUUCUUCUCUGUACUCCACGGCUGAAGAAAAGGCUCAUUCAGAGCAAAUCCAUAAACUACGGAGAGAGCUGGUUGCAUCACAAGAAAAAGUUGCCACCCUCACAUCUCAACUUUCAGCAAAUGCUCAUCUCGUAGCAGCUUUUGAAAAGAGUUUAGGGAAUAUGACCGGCCGACUGCAAAGCCUAACCAUGACAGCGGAACAGAAGGAGUCUGAGCUGAUAGAACUAAGAGAAACCAUUGAAAUGCUGAAGGCCCAGAACUCUGCUGCCCAGGCAGCCAUUCAGGGAGCACUGAAUGGUCCUGACCACCCUCCCAAAGAUCUCCGCAUCAGAAGACAGCAUUCCUCUGAAAGCGUUUCUAGUAUUAACAGUGCCACAAGCCAUUCCAGCAUCGGCAGUGGUAACGAUGCUGACUCCAAGAAGAAGAAAAAGAAAAAUUGGGUGAACUCUAGAGGAAGUGAGCUGAGAAGCUCAUUCAAACAAGCCUUUGGGAAGAAAAAGUCCACCAAGCCUCCUUCCUCACAUUCGGACAUUGAAGAGCUUACAGAUUCGUCCCUUCCAGCAUCCCCCAAGUUGCCCCACAACGGGAGUGACUGUGGGUCAGCCUCCAUGAAGCCCUCGCAGUCUGCCUCUGCGUCACCCCUUGUCUGGCCACCAAAGAAACGGCAAAAUGGCCCUGUGAUCUACAAGCAUAGAUCCCGGAUCUGUGAAUGCACAGAGGCUGAGGCAGAGAUAAUUCUGCAGUUGAAGAGUGAGCUCAGAGAAAAGGAACUAAAAUUAACAGAUAUUCGGCUGGAGGCCCUCAGCUCUGCACAUCAUCUCGAUCAGAUCCGGGAAGCCAUGAACCGGAUGCAGAAUGAGAUUGAAAUACUGAAGGCUGAAAAUGACCGGCUGAAGGCGGAGACGGGGAACGUCGCGAAGCCCGCUCGGCCCCCGUCCGAGUCCGCGAGUAGCACCUCCUCCUCCUCCUCGCGGCAGUCCUUAGGACUCUCGCUGAACAAUUUGAACAUCACGGAGUCUGUUACCUCAGAUAUUUUGCUGGAUGAUCCUGGUGAUGCAACUGGACAUAAGGAUGGUCGCAGUGUGAAAAUUAUAGUCUCCAUAAGCAAGGGCUAUGGCCGAGCAAAGGAUCAGAAGUCUCAGGCAUAUUUGAUAGGAUCCAUUGGUGUUAGCGGAAAAACCAAGUGGGAUGUCUUAGAUGGUGUAAUUAGACGUCUCUUUAAGGAAUAUGUGUUCAGAAUUGAUUCCUCCACUAGCCUUGGUCUGAACUCCGACUGCAUUGCCAGCUACUGUAUAGGAGACUUAACGAGAUCCCAUGGCCUAGAAGUGCCUGAGCUGCUGCCUUGUGGAUACCUUGUUGGUGAUAAUAACGUCAUCACUGUGAACCUGAAAGGGGUAGAAGAAAACAGUUUGGACAGUUUUGUUUUUGAUACUCUGAUUCCUAAACCAAUUACCCAAAGAUACUUUAACUUGUUGAUGGAGCAUCACAGAAUUAUACUCUCAGGACCUAGUGGUACUGGAAAGACCUAUUUAGCACACAGACUUGCUGAAUAUGUAAUAACCAAAUCUGGGAGGAAAAAAACAGAGGAUGCAAUCGCCACUUUUAAUGUGGACCACAAGUCUAGUAAGGAAUUGCAACAGUAUCUAGCUAACCUGGCUGAACAAUGCAGUGCUGAUAAUAAUGGUGCAGAGCUUCCAGUUGUAAUAAUUCUUGAUAAUCUUCAUCAUGUGGGCUCUUUGAGUGAUAUCUUCAAUGGUUUUCUCAACUGUAAAUACAACAAAUGUCCAUAUAUUAUUGGAACAAUGAAUCAGGGAGUUUCUUCAUCACCAAAUCUAGAGCUACAUCACAAUUUCAGGUGGGUACUAUGUGCAAACCACACAGAGCCAGUGAAAGGCUUUUUAGGCAGAUAUCUUCGAAGAAAACUGAUAGAGAUGGAAAUUGAAAGGAACAUUCGCAAUAAUGACCUAGUCAAAAUUAUAGAUUGGAUUCCUAAGACGUGGCAUCAUCUCAACAGUUUUUUAGAAACACACAGUUCUUCUGAUGUUACAAUUGGCCCUCGACUUUUCCUUCCUUGUCCCAUGGAUGUAGAAGGUUCUAGAGUAUGGUUCAUGGAUCUCUGGAACUAUUCUUUGGUACCUUAUAUUCUGGAGGCAGUAAGAGAAGGUCUGCAGAUGUAUGGGAAACGAGCACCUUGGGAAGAUCCCUCCAAGUGGGUGCUUGAUACAUACCCAUGGAGCUCAGCAUCUCUGCCUCAGGAAGGCCCAGCGUUACUUCAGUUGCGACCAGAAGAUGUUGGGUAUGAGGGCUGUGUAUCCACGAAGGAAGCUACAACCUCAAAGCACAUUCCGCAAACUGACACAGAGGGGGAUCCCCUGAUGAAUAUGCUAAUGAAACUCCAAGAAGCAGCCAAUUACUCGGGCACACAAAGCUGCGACAGUGAUAGCACCAGCCAUCAUGAAGACAUUUUGGAUUCGUCUCUUGAAUCUACCCUCUAG